CGUCAUCAGCAUUACGUGACCUAAAGUUAAACGAACCAGCUGCAGUCGAAGAAUUUCACGUUUUUUUGGUAGAUGAAACGUUUGUAGAACGUCAUAUAAGAUGGGUACAUGGAAGCUGGAAGUGAUUAAGAUGUCCAUCUACGUAAUGUUCCCUGUGACCAUGUUUUAUUACUUCAACCAGACAGAUCUCUUUGAAAAAUAUGUCUCAGAUAAAGUAAGAGCGAUGUACCCUCCUGAGAGCAAGAUGCAUAGGCAAGAAUUGGAGGACCUUCGCCAGAGAAUGCGGGUGAGAUACGAAGAAAAGCUGAAACGAUUAGAGAAUGAAGAAAGGGAGCUAAUUGCAAGUGCCAAGAAGGCUGAAAGAUAGUGACAUCAAGUGCCUUUUUGUAAUGGACUUUUUAAUCGCACUUUUUCUGGAAGCGUAUAAUAAAUGGAUUAC